AUGGAUGAAACUUCCUUCCAGUGGGCAGGCAGCGACACGAAGCGGGCAGGUGCGUGGAAGGCGACCGUCUACCUGUGCAAGGGGACCAAGGAGCUAGGUCUUCUUGUCCAGGCGAAGACGUCGCAUUUCGUGGCCACGUCGGUUGUCGCGCGGAAGGCCUUGGAGAAGCGCUUCCAGCGUCUGGGGAUGGAGGCGAAGCAGCACGCGCGCAGGUGGGGGCAUGAGCACACGGGCAGAAGGGCGAAGAAGACCAUCGAGAAGAGCGUCGCCUCAGGGGGCGCUGUGGACCGCGCCCCAAAGUGGAAGGCCCUCAGGAGAGGCAGCGUGUCCGGCGUGUCAGAGGUUGCCGUGGUCACGCUGCGCAGCCUGGCCGGCAUCGUGGCUGGACACCCCCAGCAGGGGAGAUCGUUGACGCGCUGCCUGGCGACACAGCAGCAGGAGCUCAUGGACCCGAUAUUCGAUGCGACGGCCGACCUG